UCCGGAUGAAGUUUAUGCCUUAGCAGCUUCCGGAGUUUCACGUCUUCCGGUCACGUGACGAUAACAGAGAGCACUUUUCCCGCGCCGCAGCCUGGACGUCAGGGAGCCGAAGUGGAGUGAAGUCGAUUCUUUCUUUGAUCUUUUCUUUGAUCCUCGUGUGGAACCUUCACGAUGUUUUGUGAGAAGUCCACGGAGCUGAUCCGAGACCUGCAGCGGGUCCACGACGGCCAGCUCCCGGCCUUCAGCGAGGAUGGGCUGCGGCAGGUUCUACAGGAGAUGGAGUGUCUGUACGAACAGAACCAGAGCGACGUGAACGAGGCAAAAUCUGAAGGUCGAGCUGAACUCAUCCCGUCAAUCAAACUGCGUCACUGCUGCCUGCUGAGGAACCAGCGCUGUGUCACUGCCUACCUCUACGACCGCCUGCUGAGGAUCCGAGCGCUGCGCUGGGAGUACGGCAGCGUCCUGCCCGCUAACAUUCGAUUCCACAUGUGCGCAGAGGAGCUGCAGUGGUUCAGUCACUAUAAGAAGUCUCUGGCGUCGUUCAUGCGUUCUCUGGGCGGAGGAGAAGGUCUGGACAUCACGCAGGACAUGAAGCCUCCGAAGAGUCUUUACAUCGAGGUGAGGUGUUUAAAGGACCAUGGAGAGUUUGAAAUCGAUGACGGGACCGUGAUUCUGCUGAAGAAGAACAGUCAGGUCAGCGGUCACUCUCACUGGGAUUCUACAAAGGUCAAAGUGCAGCAGGUUUACAGGAAGUCCUCACGUCACCGUCUGUCUCUGUGUCCUCAGCACUUCCUGCCGAGGUGGAAAUGUGAGCAGCUGAUUCGUCAGGGCGUCCUGGAGCACGUUGUGUCCUAAAGGAGGCGGAGCUAAGUAGCUGGAACAUCUGCUCGUCAUCACCAGAGUGCAGCGUCAGAUGAUGAUGUCACGUUUGUCUUCAGAAAAAUAAAAUCACUUCUAAACGUCUCA